UUCUUUGUUUUGGACUCGCCCAUUACAGAACCGCUCUUUGGUCUCUUCCUCUUCUUCCAUUGUCUGAUAAAAAUCAAAACUUUUUCUUCUGAAAAAGAUUUAAAAAUUUUCAAAUAAAGAAGCCAAUUCAUGAGCGUUUUCAUCACUUCCUUGACACUUGUCUUUCGCAUCAUUCUUCAUAAUUUGUAAAGAAAAAGAGCCACUUUUCUUCCUCCAGCUAUUAACAAUCCUCAACAUGCUUCUCCUCCAUUCGCCAUCAUCAUCAUGUCCAUCUUCUCCUUCUCUUCCCUAACUUCUUGAACUCUCAAAACCCACCAGAUGUCUAAGAACACACAACUUGAAGAAAACAGAGGAGAGAAGCCAUUCAAGAGGUCGAGGCUCGUGUUCGAGCCGUCUCUAGGAGUGUUGGGUUUCUUCUUAGUCGGUUUGUGUUUGGUAUGGAGCUUCUUCUACUUCGACUACAGAACCGUGGCGAAAAGCUAUAACCUUUCUGAUAAAUCAGACAGAUUCGUUUGGCUCAAACUUGACAUCAACAAGAGCAAUAAGAGUGAUGUUAUUAGUCCAAACAGAGUUGGGUUUCUGGAAGAGAGUGGAGAUGGGUGUGAUGUGUUCGAUGGAGAUUGGGUUUGGGACGAGUCUUAUCCUCUGUAUCAGUCCAAAGAUUGCAGCUUUCUCGAUGAAGGGUUUAGGUGUAGUGAGUUUGGGAGGUCUGAUUUGUUCUAUACUCAUUGGAGAUGGCAACCUAGACACUGUAACUUGCCCAGAUUUGAUGGUAAACUGAUGCUAGAGAAGCUCCGGGACAAGAGGCUGGUCUUUGUUGGGGACUCAAUAGGAAGAAACCAAUGGGAGUCUCUUCUUUGCUUAUUAUCUUCUGCAGUCAAGAACGAGAGCUCGGUUUAUGAAGUGAAUGGAAGUCCCAUCACAAAGCACACAGGUUACUUAGUGUUCAGAUUCAAGGACUACAACUGCACAGUGGAGUACUACAGAUCGCCAUUCUUGGUUCCUCAAACCAGACCACCAAAUGGUUCAGCCAAUAAAGUUAAGACAACUUUGAAACUGGACACUAUGGAUUGGACUUCUAGCAAAUGGAAAGAUGCAGAUGUUUUAGUGCUCAAUACUGGACAUUGGUGGAACUAUGGGAAGACUAUUAGAAUGGGAUGCUACUUUCAAGAAGAAGAAGAAGUGAAGCUUAAGAUGAGCGUAGAUGAUGCUUACAAGCGAGCUAUGGAGACCGUUAUGAAAUGGAUUCAAACCGAGGUUGAUUCAAACAAAACACAAGUCUUCUUCCGCACAUACGCUCCUGUGCAUUUCAGGGGAGGAGAUUGGAGAACGGGAGGAACAUGUCACAUGGAGACAUUGCCUGAGAUUGGAACCACCUCAUUGGUUUCAUCAGAGACAUGGAACCAGUUAAAGAUCCUGGGAGAUGCGUUAUCACGUUACUCCAAUAGAUCAGAGACCGUUGAAAUGAAAGUGUUGAACAUUACAGCAAUGUCUGUUCAGAGAAAAGAUGGUCACCCGUCUCUUUACUAUCUUGGCUCGCGUGGUCCUGCGCCGCUUCAUCGCCAAGACUGUAGCCACUGGUGCCUUCCUGGUGUUCCUGAUACGUGGAACGAACUCAUGUAUGCCUUGUUUAUGAAACAAGGAAGAGCCAAAGAAGCAAAUGGUACAGGAAGUGUCACAAUGUCAUGACCCUGACGUUUUCUUGAAGAUGAUGCUGAGCUCAAAGAUCAAAAAGGGUUUGGAUUUUUUUUUAUUAGAUUAAUUGGGUGGGGUUAUGUAAUUAGGUUGAUAAUCUUAAUCUCUGGUUGUAAAGAUAGAAAAAUCUCAAAAUGAUAUGCAAAGUUUCAUAGA